GCUUCCGCGACGUCCCGGCGCCCCUUCCACUGCCGCUCGCGCGCUGCUCGCCGUCGACGACAACGACGACGACAACGACGACGACGACGACAACGACGAUCAGCUGCCACUGCGCUGCUCGAGCGACCCGCGCGGUCGUCCCUCCACCGGCGAGUGGGGCACAGCUCGAUGCGCUCGGCCGACGAGCCGGUCGACGGCGCUCGGCGCGACUGGUGCUCGGGCUCUCGCCGCUGAGGGCCGACUGGCUGGCACGUCGAACAGUCGGCGAUGCCGGCGGAUGGCCGGGUAGCGGAGAGCGAGGCGCGCGCGGCUGUGGCAGUGGCAGUGGCAAUGGCCAGCGCGGCCGAGGCGCCAGAACCAGUGGCUCGAGCGGCCGGAGCUUGCGCUGCGCGUCGGGCGUGCUGCGGACGAGCGAUCACUGCCGAGGCGGCGACGGCGAGCGCACUCGGAGCCGAGAGCCGGAGCGCCUGCUAGCCGCGGCCCGGAGCCCCUCGACGAGUGUCUGUGCCGCGACAGUGACUGGCGCGCCGUGCGUCUCUGCGACCGCUUGCGUUUCGCGGGCAGCAGUGUGCACUGGCCCGCUGACUUUGGAGUGCGCUCGAGCACGGGCCCGCAGCGGAGGUGCGCGAGUGAGGCUGUGCGCGCAGUUGCAGCGAUGGAACACCGGUGAACGAAUCGAGGUCACCGCAGAAUGCCUGAGCCGAGGGCGAAACGCUGUAAACACUGUGACGAGUCUGGCCACAGCUUGGACAGCGGCUCCCCGUUUUGGAGGAUUCAAUUGGAUCAAGAUCUUCUCGAUACUAUUAGUUCGAUAUACCCAGAGUGGUUCAAGGACUACACGAGCAGCAGAGCCUCGAGUUCUGGGCCAAACGCCUCCACGUCGCUGCCGCUGAGCGGCAAUAGCGGCAGCAGCACCAGCAGCAACAGCCCUGGCAGCAGUACCAGCAGCAGCAGUAGCAGCAGCACCAGUAGCAGCAGCAGCAGCAGCAACAGCAGCAGCAGCAGCAGCAGCAGCAGCAGCAGCCCUUGCAGCAGCAACGGCGGUAGCAGCAGCACCAGCAUCGCGGGUGCUACCGCAGCGCCGGCCGACUCUACCAGCGAGCCACGCGUCAAGCACGAAAGUUCGCCGCGUAGGAUUGGCAAAACCGAGUCCAAGCUCAAGUCCAAGCUGAAAAAGAUAGAAGGUCUUAUCAAGGGCCGCAAGGAUAAGCGAGAACGAGAAAUCAAAGAAGAAAGCAGAGCAGCGUACGGAUACAAGAGCACGCCAAAGCUGUUUCCAUCGAAGGAUAAGGUCGCGGACAUCGUUCUGAAGAAGAUAGCGAACGGGGCGAAAAUGGCCGAGGGUAAUCAGUCGCCUCCGAAGGUGGAGGUCGACGACUCGCCCCUUCAGCAGGCCAUGGAACGCAACAAAGAAUCGUUGAAGGUGAAGCUGAUGCUAAGGCGGCCGUACAACCAACUUGUCGCCCAAGGAAUCAUGCCUCCCCUGAAAACGCCACCGGCCUUCCACGAGCAGGCCAAGCAGCUGGAGCGCCGCAAGACCGGCGACCUGCUCAAGCAGAAGAUCCAGCGCAGGCCCGGCCGCGACGAGCUGGUGCGCCAGCACAUCCUCGAGGCCGAGAGCCACGUCGACCCGAGCAUCGCCGAGAAGCACCGCCAGCUGAAGAAGGCCAAGCUCGCCGACCAGCUCAACGACCAGCUGAGCCACAGACCGGGGCCCCUCGAGCUCAUCCAGAAGAACAUUCUGCACACGGAGGAGCCCAUCGAGAGGGCGGUCAAAGAGGGCCACAUCCCGUUCAAGGCCACGAGCGAGGGCCAGGUGACCAAGCCCCAGCACCCCGACCACUACAUCACCUUCGAGGACGACUCGCAGAGCUCGGAGGGCGGAGCCGCGUCGCCGGCCGUCGAGGCCGCCGGCUGCUCGCCCGCCCCCUCGACGGCCUCGACGGCCUCGGCCUCGGCCGCGGCGGCGCCCCUCGCUCGGCCCGUCUCCGGCGACGCCGCCAGCCCCAUCGUCGUCUCGCUCAGCCUGCCGGUCAGCGAGUGCAGCGCCGUGGCCGUCGUCGGCGCCGGCUCGCCCGUCUUCCAGAGCUCCAGGAGCUGCACCUUGGCCGAGCUGUGCAGCGGCGUGGUCGCCGGCCCGGAGCUGCCGGCCCAACAGCAGCAGGCCCAGCAGCAGCAGGCCCAGCAGCAGCAGGCCCAGCAGCAGCAGCCGCAGCAGCUGGCCGCCGCGGCGCCGGUGGCCGACAGCCCGCUCUUCAUCUCCAUCGCAAGCCCGGCGGGCAGCAUGUCCUCGACGACGCUGCUGCCGCUGGCCCCGGCGCCCAGUCCCAUGUCGCUGGGCUCCACCACCUCCAGCCUCAGUCCGCUGUCGAACAUCUCGAUAGCCUCGCCGCCCGCGCCGCCGGCGGCCAUCACGCCGAGGCCGCAGCCCAGCCCGAUCGCCGCGGCGAGCGGCGGGGCCCAGCAGAGGAGCGACGCGCCCGGCAAGGACAAGAAUCGCAAAAAGUCCAAGACCAAGAGUCAGCCCAAGGCGCGGACCAUCAAGUUCCACGAGUACAAGGGCCCACCAAACGCUCAAAAGUCAAACGACUCAACUUCCGGCCUUGGCUCGGCGCAACACAACGAGACUAAAUACGAGAUUCUUCUGCAGCAGCAACAACUCUUUCUGCAAUGGCAGGUCGAGGUCAGAAACAAGGGAAACGGACAGAUUCAUCAUCAACCCAGAUUGUUCCCACAGCUGAUCUUGCCAGCGUCGCAAAAGCCGCCCAUCUCGCUGACGACAACGAGCAGCGUAGUCAGCGACAGCGCUAGCCUCAGCGGUAUGAGCGUCAACGCACCGAGCCCCGCACCGUCCAACGCCUCGAGCAGUCAAUCCGAGCAGCCGCCUCUCAGGCCGCUCGGUAAAUUGGAGGACAUGAAAGUGAGCGACCUGAAGGUGGAAUUGAAGCGACGAAACUUGCCAGUGUCCGGCUCGAAGCCACAACUGAUCGAACGACUGAAGCCAUUCACGGAGUCGUCGAGCAGCAACGCCACGGCCAACACGAACGGCCACCACGUUACGCAUGGACACAUACUCAUGGACACGCCUGCACCCAUGUCCGUGGACGACGCCAGCUGUCACUCGAUCACGAUCAAGGACGAGCCGAUUCCCAGUCCGAGAUCCGAUUCGUCUCACGGAAGCGAGCACGACGAUUCCUCGAGUCCACCAGGCGACAAAAAGCUAAAGGAGCACUAUCGCAAGAAGAUCGAGAUACUGCAACGAGAGCUCUCGCGAGUUCAAAGCCAACCGCAGAAUCCGGUGAGGGGAGUGGAGAAGCUGAUGCUGCAGCAGCACAUCCACAACAAAAUUCAGCAGCAAGAGUUGACGCGGCAACUGCAGCAGUUGCAGCAGCUGCACCAGCAAGCCCAACAGCAGCAGUUGCAGAGCCAACAGGCCCAGCAGAUCGCCUUGCAGCAGCUCAGCACCAAGGCUAACCUCGCUGCGUUCCUACAAGCGCAGCCCAACAACGCGACCAUCAUCGACUCGGCUACGCUCACUGCCAUCAACAACAAAAAGAAUCAGAGCAAAAACGGUAACGCCACCACGACCACCGUGCAGGUGCCCGCCGCCAUCGUGCUCAACCUGGCCAAGCCCAACCUAACCAAGCUCAACGGCUCGAUCAUAGGAGCGCUGGUUGCUCAGGCUCACAGCCAACAACAGCUCGUCACGGCAUCCGUCAACGACGUUAAGCCGCCGCCGCCGCAAUACGACGAGGCGGCCAAGCUGCUCAAGGUGAAGAUCGAGCCCGCGCAGAAGGGUCCGGUCAAGAGCCAGAUGAUCGACGAUGUGUUGGAGAUCCUGAUAAACAAUGGCGAACUGCCGCCAAGCGCCGCGCAGGAGCCGGUCACGCCAACGACGCCCAGUCGGCAACUGCCCCAAGGCUUGGUGCUCAGCGCGGCCGAUAGUGCUACGCAGUCGCUGGUCUUUGCCGCGGCCAGCCCGAUGGAGGUAACCCAGAGCGAGUGUCCGAGUCCGGCGCCAUCGCAGCAGCAGCAACAGGAGCAACCCCCGCGGCCGCCGCCGCUGCCUCUCGCCACCUUCAGCGUUCAGCUGGCCAGCGAGCUUUAUCAACAGCAGCAGCAGCAGCAUCAUCAUCAUCAUCAGCAGCAGCAGCAGCAACAACAUCGCCAGCAGCAGCAGCAGCAGCAACAGCAUCGCCAGCAGCAGCAGCAGCGUCAACAGCACGAACGACUGACGAGCUUCGCGACCGAGCUUCUCAGCGGUGAAUCUGAUCUCGAGGCGACCAUGCUGCUCAGCCCCCAGUUGGUGCAACAUGACUCCCCAGACCCCCAGCCUCCUCAAGAGGUCACUUCCUCUGAUAAUGCCAAUUUGGAUCUCAAGGAAUUUGGUAUAGACUUUGACAACAUGGAUUUUAGCCAGCUGGAGUGUGACUUUGGCGUGAAAAUAAACGAAAGCUCCCAAGAGUUCAUGGAUAUCGGCGACGUUCCCAUGGACAUGGAUUCCGAGUGGCUCGACUUGAUAAACCCCUCGCCACAGUCCUCGGUAACGACGACAAUCUCCGUCACAACACCGACCACCAAUCAAACCAUCGCAUCCUCAUCUUCGCAGAUUCACAAUGACAUCUACGAUCCAAUGCUCGCCAACAGUCAGGACACGUUCGAGGAUAUUUUCGAUCCAGACUUCAAGAUGGCCGGCGAUCUAUCCUUAAAUUGGGACAAUGGCCAAGCUGACUUUGCCACCUAGCCGUCGAUCAGUGAGCCGUCCUCUUCUCGGCGGCCCUUCACUUUGUGUACUUAACAAUGACCACUUUGCAUAUAAACUCUUAGAUUAUUACUUAUGUUUGGUGUGCAUUGCGCGCGCACAUGUAUACAUAAUGCACAUACGUAUUUGCGUGUGCUCGCACGCAUACGUACAUGCGCGCGUGUGUAUGUCUGUGUGUCUGUGUGUGUGUGUGUGUGUGUGUGGGUGUGUGUGUGUGUGUAUGUCUGGGUAUUAUAUUUGUACACAUACAUGCACAUGUAUAAUUAUAUAAGGACUAUAUUUUUUAUGUAAAAAUGAUAAUGGCGUACUUGAACAAGUUUAUUCGAAAGCGACAAUUGUGGCGUUUUACAUGGGUUCGCUAAGGGGUUCGGUGAAUCCCGCUGAAUGCCUUAAUGCCCGCUGGAAUGAAUACAACAUAAGUAUCAUAUUUUCAUGCAUUGAUUGCGAUGUACUUUAUGUCAGUAUGUAAAAAUCAUCUAUUUUUUCUAUUACUGAUUCUUGCACUGCGUCUACACGUUAUAUUUGUAUUUGUGCAGCGUUUUGAAAUAAUACGUUUAUAUCGGUAAUGGAAAAAACAAUGACUAAAGAUAAAGGCCAAUCGCAAGAUCACGAAGUGAAUAUGUCAUUAGCGAGUUAAGGAAAUUAUUGAAAAAAUUAUCUCCAAAGAAAGUCUCCGUAAAACUAGAUUAAUAUGACUAGCUUUAUUGUCGGCAGCCUGCUACUGUGUGUUGCUUGAGUUUUUCGUUAUAAGCCGUAACGCCCAGAACUCCAGGAAAAAUAUAAGUUAUUUCAAUGUUAACGAUUAAAUUGCUAAUAUUGGAGCUGCUUUCAUCUGUUAGUCACGUCAUCUAAAUGAAGGUGCGAAACUAUUUAUACAGGAAAUGAAAAAGAUAAAAAAAAUAAAUUAGGGUUUAGAGUCAAUAACAGAAAAUAUAUUUACGCAUUUUCAAACAUGAGUUAUGCAACGUUUUUUGAGUUUCUUAUCGUAAAAAAAAUAUAUAAUAACGAAACGAUACAAAAAAAGUUUUUUUCUAAUAUGCUACGCAUUGACGGGUUACUGCGAUCGUUUUCUGCUCUCUUUCUUCUCAUUACAUUUUGCACAGAACAAUUAGAAUUGCUCUACCGCUCCAAUUUUCGGUAUUGUGUUGAUUCUUGUAACAUUCCAGUGUUUCUUCUAUUUUACCAGUAUCAAAGCUUGUAUUGAAAUGUAAAAGCAUCUUAUCAAACAUCUCGUGCAAUUUUAGCUAAUAACUUACUAAAUUUAAUUAAACGUUUCGCUUUUAUAACAAAAUUUAGAGAAGCUGAAAGCGUAUCAAAUUCGACGCGAUACCCGCAGUUACAGCAAAUAAUUUUACUUAACAUUAAUUAUAGCAUUUCAUGCAUGAGAAUUGAUAUAAAUACCACUUAAAUCGCGUUUUGUUUAGGCAAAAUGUGCUUUUAUUUCUUAUAAGCGUUAAAACUCACAUGCUCUUACAAAAUACUAAAAUUUAUGUUUAUUUAGUUCGUAGAAAAAAUUAUUUUAUCUAUAAUAGAAACAUUGUUAAAAAACUAUUAAAUGAUUUUUAUUUUUAAUUCUAUAAAAUGUUUAUUACAUGUGAAUGAACAUUUAUAUAUCAGUUACUUAAAAACUGUAAGUCAAUAUUUUUUCUACGAGCUUAAAAUUCUUUUAGAAACGUACUUGUUAAUAUUCAUUCGUAUCACCUUGAAUUAAAUGAAAUUGUAUUGUACGAUGUAGUCGAGGUUUGUUUCAUAAGCGUCAAUGUCUUCUUUUAUAUUGUUGUGAAUUACGUUUAUCAUGUAAACGAUAAAAUGAACAAAUGAAUUCUGCCAAAAGUUAACAAAGGCAACAUUCCAAACGAUUGUCGGACAAUUCCUAGAGUCGUAUAGAGCCAUAAUUUGUGUGUUGUAUGCGUUCCUUGUUCCAAACUAUCUCUUUCGCUCAAAAACAAAGAGUUGUAAAAGCUAUUAUGAAUGCAUUUAUAACUAAACUUUGAAUAUUUACAUGCUAAAUUUGUGUUAUAUGCUAAUUUGUGCUGAUAGAUAUACUUGUUACUUAUCACUUGGCUCAGACUCCCUUAUCACGUUUGCAUUUAUGAUAUUCACCAUCCCUUGAUCUAAUGACUCAAUCCAAUAACAGUCCGUCAAAUAAAAUUGAAAAUUAAAAUCUAAGAAGAAUAACGCAAAAACCAACCUCGACUUUGUGAAGUUAUGUAUAUGUCAUAAUUUAUAAUUUGAAAAUUCGUUUGUUUUCAUGUUUAUCUUAUAUUCCACAAUUUCAACGAAAUAAUCACGUAAUUCAGUACCAAAUUUUGGUGGAAGAAUUAAGUAAACAAAAAUGAAAACCAUCGAUUUUUUUCUUUGGAUACCAUAUUUGCCAUGACAAUAAACAUUUAUUGUUUAAUGUAAUAUAUUGUAAUAUAUUUACGUACUGUGUAAUACUUUAGAUUGCGAGAUCGAAAGGAAAAAGGCAAUCGUUUUCAGUAUAGAAAAUAGUAAAAAUUGGAUGUAAAGUAGACAUUGGAUGAGAUUUCGAAUAUGUAAGUACGUAUGAGAGAUGGAUGCUGUUUUUAAGCUCCUUUAAUAAAUAAUGCGUUGUAUUUGAGAUAUUAUUAUUAUGAUAUUAUUAAAGUUAUUAUAAUUUUCAUUGUAAAUGUUCGAAAACUACUAUUCAUGAAGACAAAAAUCAUGUAGAUCAUUGAAUUUGUUUCAUGGGUCUUGAAUUUUUAAAUGAUUGAUUGUUCUGUCAGGCUGUGUGAAUCUGGUAGUCUGCCACCGUUUAAGGGAUUUUAAUUUGCUCCCAUUUUUGCACGCGAUCUCGUAAGAUAAAAAUAUUAUCUCUCGGGAUUGAAAUCACUGUAUAAAAGGAUAUAUGAAGGGUAUAAAAAAUAUUCCUUUUGAGUUUUUUUAAAUUCGAGCAUAGCGUGUGCAAAACUGGUAAUUCGUUAAUUAAUAGUGCAAAGAGCAAAAACUGUUGAAAAUAAUUAUAUUUUGUAAUUUUUACCAUCAAUGGAUCAUGGAAACGAAUGUAACUCUAUUGUGAAUUAUGAAUUCAUUGUCAUUGAUUCAGAUAGUUUUAGUAUCGAGCGAACCCAUUCAUUAAUAUAAUUAAUAUUAAUAUAUCGCUAGAAAGAGAGAGUGUUAUUUAUUUUUAUUUGUUGCAAAUUGAUCGAUUGCCUUCCACUUGAGUAAAUAAAUAAAAGAAUAAAUAAAUUAAAAAUUAUAAAAUCUUAA